UGAACAUUGAGAUUUUUGAUUUGAAAAUCAUGAGUACUGCUGAUAUAUUUCUUUGUAGGCAUUUGUAAACUACUCUUCUAUGUUACUAGACAAGAGGCUAAGCUAUGACAUGCCCCGCCACGUUGUCUUGCGGGACGGUCCAGCUCCGCCGAUCGUUUACCUGAACCCCCAACAAACCCUCUUACUAUCCAUUCAAACAACACCCAAACAUUCGCUAUAUUCCCACCAGAUCUAUACAACCCUGUGUCCCGUCAUCGCGACCAUCAUUUCCCCCCAUAACCAGUCGACUAACCCCCACGUUCCCAAUGGCGACCUCCAGCGCCUCAAAGCGCCUCUUCAAAGAAUACCGCGGCCUCUCCAACGACCCGCCGGAAGGCAUCACCGCAGGCCCUGUGACGGAAGAUGACAUGUUUCUAUGGGAAGCCUUGAUCCAGGGACCCGAGGGCACACCGUUUGAGGGCGGCGUCUUCCCCGCAGAACUCAAGUUCCCAAAGGACUACCCUCUCGCGCCGCCGACGAUGAAGUUCUUGACCGAGAUGUGGCAUCCUAAUGUGUAUCCGGAUGGGAGAGUCUGCAUUUCGAUCUUGCAUCCCCCGGGCGAUGACCCGCAUCAGUACGAACAGGCCAGCGAGCGAUGGUCGCCGAUCCAAAGCACGGAGAAGAUUCUCAUCAGCGUCAUGAGCAUGCUGGCGGAGCCCAACGACGAGAGCCCCGCGAAUGUGGAUGCGGCGAGGAUGUGGAGGGAGAGGAGGUCUGACUACGAACAAAUCGUGAGGCAGAAUGUUAGGAAGAGCCUGGGAUUGUGAUUGGUACAUAUGUUGUAAAAAAGGAUGAUUCAUGGCCAUUAUGUCAAUAUGCGUAGCUGGUGUUUUUCUGCGACUAAGGGCAUUUGCACGGAGUCAUGGGUGCUGACAUGGGAUGGUCUUUUGGUAUUUAUUAUUUUGGUAGUAUGAAGCAAAGGCGCUUUUGUUUAGGGCUCAAUAACAAUAUUCCAUCAUCAUUAAUCAUGC